AUGAGUGACAAAGCAAAGUGUGCAGAAGGCACUAGGUUCAUUGGAACCAUUCGCAAUGGGUCUAGGCACAGCAGUUGUUCUUGUCAUGAUGACUAUGGCUGUGACACAGUAAAGGUGCAGAGUUAUUGUGAAGGACCAAAUAUGCAGCAAGCCCAGAACCAUCAGCAACCAGCAGCAGUUGCCAAACAGCCUCCACUUGAAGACACACAGCUACACGUCCCUUCAGUCUGCAGAGGACAUUCACUGGGCCCAGACCCAACUGUUGGGCUUGCAAACAUAACUGGCUUGCCCCAGGUGCAAAAUGCCAUAGACUGUACAGAUAUGAUGCUGAAAGCAUCAUAUCAUAAUGUGCUUGACUUCAACAACAGAAAACGUUGGUCAGUGCGUAAGUCUGGGAUCCUAGAGAUCUGUGCUAAGUAUGCUGCUAUAACCUGGAUAACUUGUCUGAGGAAGUUUGAUCUUGGCAAUUCUAGGAUGACGGGGCCACAUCUCGCAUUGGAUAUAGACAACAAGAUCAAGGUGGAAUACAAUGCUCAUGGCUCACCGAUCCGAAUCUUCCCCAUUUCAAGUCAGGACCAUUACCAUUCAUCGCAAAUAAACUGGAUGAGAUUAAAGAAUCAUAAUGCCUCAAUAUAUGAGUCAAUACAGAGCUGGAGGAUUUACCCAAUUCCCAAACUUAACUCCAGUAAGAAGCAACAAAUGCAGCCCAGGAGGAAUCUUUGGACAGAAAGACUAGUGCAAUGUGGCUACCAGAAUCACAGCUUCACCCCUGAAGAAAGAUCAGAAGGAAAGUUCCUUAUGAAAAUGAUCGAAUGGCCAAAACCAACCGACUCUGCUGUGCCCUUUCAGAAAAGCAGCGACCCAGCACAUGUUCGCUUUGUAAUUUUAAAUUCAGCAAAGACUUUCUAUGUGGGAGAUCGGUUACAAGUGAUGCUGCAGAUGAGAGAUUUUGAAGGUCACCCAAAGCGAUAUGGGGGUGACUAUCUCCAAGCUCGGAUCCACACCCCAGCUUUAAAAGCUGGUUCAGCAGGAACAGUUAUAGACAACCAAAAUGGAUUUUACUAUAUCAAUUUUAACUUAUCUUGGCCAGGAAAGGUUGAAGUCUCUGUUUUACUGGUUCAUCCCAGUGAAGGGAUCCAAGCACUUAAAAGACUCCGCGAGGAACGGCCAGAGAGAGUAUAUUUUAAAAGUACCUUCAAAUUAGGAAAUGCCUCCGAGACCACUGUGUGUAAUCUUUGUUUGUCUCAAUCUCAACCACUCUGUAACUUUACUGAUGUCAGGACUGGGGAGCCCUGGUUCUGUUACAAACCGAAGAAGCUUCCCUGCUCUGCUCGUAUCAAUCAUAUUAUGGCGGGCUAUGAGCAGAACCUUUUAGAAGGAGAAGAAGGUCAUUAUUUCCAAAGUCAAGUCAAUGUCAAGAAGCCCAUACUGCCCAGUGGCCUGGCUCAUGUAACUGUAAAGCCUUCACCUCAUGCAGGUAAAGAUCUCAGAGGAUGUGUCCCUGGCAAGCCGUUGCUUUCACCAGCUGGAUUUUAUUAUCAGGACCAAUGGAUGUCAACAAGCUGUAACAUCCGAUGUUUUGAUACUCCUGUAGUUAUCACAGACUGUCUCCGUGGGAAAAAUGUUUAUAUCCUUGGAGAUUCUACUAUACGCCAGUGGUUUGAAUAUUUGACUGAAUUUGUAUCAGGUCUGAAAAAGUUUGAUCUUGGCAAUCCGAGAAACACGGGGCCACAUCUCGCCUUAGAUAUAGACAACAAGAUCAAGGUGGAAUAUUAUGCUCAUGGAACACCGAUCCGAAUCUUCCCCAUUUCAAAUCAGGACCUGCCAUUCAUCGCAAAUAAACUGGAUGAGAUUAAAGGUGGAAAGAACACUGUUAUAGCCUUCACCAUUUGGUGUCAUUUCAACACUUUCCCAGUUGAACCAUACAUCCGCAGGCUCCAGAACAUCCGCAGGUCAAUUCUACGAUUGCUGGAAAGGAGCCCAGAUACACUGGUUGUAAUAAAGACUGCCAAUGUCCAGGCCCUUCCACGGGAGGUCAGUCUUUACAACAGUGACUGGUAUUCUUAUCAACUUGACUUAGUGAUGAGAAAGAUGUUUGAGGGCAUCAACGUGGCAUUUGUGGAUGCCUGGGAAAUGACAAUAGCACAUUAUUUGCCUCAUGAAUUACAUCCCAAAAGCAUCAUUAUAAAGAAUGAAAUAGAUGUAUUUCUUUCAUAUGUGUGUCCAUUGUAA